AUGGUCGCCGUGGGAUAUUGCACCACAUCGAGGGCUUGGAAAACAAUCAUUUUUACUGGGAUAACUAUUGCCUUAGUGAAUGCAAACUUGUUCUACACCUACAGAUAUCAUAAGGAAGACGUUUUAGGUACUGACAUCUUGCGAGCCGAUGUACCCGAAAGCCCUUUUCUCGAGGGCCUUGCUCUGGGCUUUCAGCUCGGCUUCGGGACACUCAUACCCUUCGUUAUCAUCGUCAUUAGCAAUUUGUGGAUCAUCAUCACGGUUCACAAAGCGAACAAGGAGAGAACAACGAUGGAGGUCGCCGGAUCCAAGGGUCAGAAGAGGCGUGACAAGGACACCAAGUAUCUAACUCGGAUGUUGAUCCUUGUCUGCAUCGCUUACGUCAUGUGUUCAAUCCCUUACAGGAUGUAUGACUCUGUGAUGAACAUCCCAGCCCUCAAAGACAUAUACAACUUAGAAGACCCUUAUUGGAUCCUCCGCUACGGGGUCGAAUAUUGGGUAUUGCUCGAAGUCUGGUAUCAGAAUUACUCUGUUAACUUCUACCUCUACUGUAUUGGGGGUGGGCGUAAAUACAGAAAUGAUGUCCGAACAGUUCUGAAGGAUCUGUACCUCAUGAUCAUCUGCCGAGGGAGGGAUACAUCACCAACAUCCACAUUGGCUAAGGCAACCAGGCGUUAA